AUGUCGGGUCCUAGCCCCCGUACGACGCUCCCCGUCCAGAGCCCCGACUCGGCGGACAUUUCGCCCAAGUCCCCGUUGCAGCCCAAAGACAAGUCCAAUGCGGAUUACUUCUCCCUCGAGUCGCAGAAGAAAGAGGAGGAUGCUAAGGGUGGAGAUGCUGGAGCGUUGAGCCGUGCUACGACACUCUCGAGCUUUGCAAGUCCGUCUUUGGAGAGCGCAAAAGGAAGCUUCUCUGCCGAAUCGUCCAGGACCGAGUCGUUCGCCGGAAGGCAUAGGGGGUCGUCGAUAGGAUCGCUGACGUUUGCACCGGUUCGAAACCUAUCGCUGCCGCAAGGAGCCAAGAGAACAACAGACAAGGAGCGCAUUAGAGCGUCGUCUCCUGCUCAUGACAGGUAA